UGGUCUUCAGCCAAUCAAAUGACGGGAUAAACAAGUGCGGAGCAAUCACUGAAGACGUUUUUGACACGUGAAAAGAACGUGCGCGUCCCACAAACACCAUAACCUAGACAAAACCAAUCGAGCUGAAGCGAAAAUAAUGUCCCAGGCGUAUGAGCCGAGUGCCGAUCAUUACACUGAGCCAAAAUGGCGAAUGACAAGGAUCCUCUGAAACAACUGAAAGAUUUGACGAAGCUCAAAAACCAGUUGGAGGAAAUCCAGAGGCGAGUCGAGAGCGAAGUUUCUGUAGGAAUACCUCAGGGCAGCUCAGUGUUGGGAUCUCCGUUCCUGAAGGGCUUUCUGGCCGGCUAUGUGGCGGCCAAGCUCCGCUCCUCUGCCUUCCUGGGAGUGCUGCUGGGAACAGCCACUGGCAUAUACGCGGCACAGAACUACCAAGUGCCCAACAUUGAAAGGACCGUGAAGGAGUUUUUGAACAGCUUUAAAAAAGGACCAAAAUAAUUG